UGAAAAAAAAAACAUGUCUGGCAUACGUUAGCGCUUCUAUCAAAAUGGGAUGCACUCCAAAUUCUCAUGAAAUUGCAUUAUCCUUUGUAAUAGCCUUGGUAGCAUUAAUCUAGAAAGAACUGCUAGUGCGAUUUCUGGAAUAGGCUACAUAUCGACAGCAACAAUUGCGCUGUGUGCUUGUUUUCUAUACGAGCUAUUGCUGCUAACAAGAAUUUCACUGACAUCUGGCUAGUAAAGUAUAGGUUGGAGAUUUGUAUAUAAACUCGCCAGGUGUCCUAUUCACGCCUUAUCACAACCAGAAGACCAGAAGACCAAAUAUAUAUAUUCUUAUAAAUGAAGCUCAUCUCAGUCGCCGCUCUUCUACUCACCACUGCCUUGCAGCUCGUCUCUGGCUACGCCAUCAAGGGCAGUGUUGUCAGCUGCCGCCUGGAUCCGGGGACCUCACAUAAGGACAAGGCCCAGCACGGCUGCUACGUGAGCGACUAUUAUGUAGACACGAGCAACGGCUAUGUGGCUAAGAGGUGCUCCAAGGCUGAUGACAAACCCAAGCCCAAGGCUGAUGACAAGCCCAAGCCAGGUGACAAGCCCAGCACUGGUGCGGGCCCGAUGAAGGACAAUUAUCCGUACAAGGGUAGCAGCUGCAGCGGCGUCGACAAGUGGAGCUAUUACAAGUGCCAGUGUGUCAGCUUCGUCGCCUGGCGGAUCAACUCACGUCUGGGCAUCGACUUCAACAAUCACUACAAGGGAAAGAAAUGGGGUAAUGCCAACAGAAUGGGACGACGCCGCGCAUGCCUCGGGCGUCACUGUGAGCAACACACCGAAGACCGGAAGUCUGUGGGCCAGACCGACCAAGGCAGCAGGUACAGGCAUGUGGUGUGGGUGGCCAAGGUCUCGGGCAACAGCGCCACGAUUGAGGAGUACAACCACAAGCGCCACAGGUACGGCACGCGGACUGUUCCCAAGAGCUCAUUCAGGUACAUGCCACCUCUAAGAACUGACGCACUGGACGACGGAUUCCUGCUCGACACCGAUCUGGUAGCCGAUGUGGGCAGCGAGCCCGAAGAGCCCGAGCAGAUCAAGCCAGCAAAGAAUGAAAAGAAGCGCGCGCACGAUGCCGACCAGCCGAGCAAGAAAAAGAAGAAGCGCAAGAAUGGCGUGGAGCCGGUGAAAUUCGCCGUGCCCGCCUUGCUGGACGAGCAGGCGGCCAUGUUCAACAAGUACAUGGGCAAGGCCUACCGGGGGCUGAGCGAUCUGGAAAUGUCCGACAUUGGCGUGCAGGAGUCUCACAUGUACACGACGGAAGAAGAGGCUGCGUCGUUGGAGGACCUGGCAAAGACAGCGCUGUUCUGGUUCUGUGCAGCUCAGGCGCUGCGGGUUUUGGAUGUGGUCAAUCGGAUGCGGCCGCUGACCAAGCGCCGGGUGCUGAAGCUGUUCAGCAGGCAUAUCAAGAUUGGCGCGCACAAGGAGAUGCUGGCCAAGGAUCCGGUGGAUAUUGCGGCAGGCACGCCGAACCGCGUGCGCAAACUGCUGGAGGACGGCGAUCUGAAGCUCAACCGGCUGCGGCUAGUGGUGGUCGAUUGCUGGCAGGACGACAAGAUGCGGGUCAUCAUUGAUAUGGACGACACGAGGGCGGAUCUGUUUGCGAUCUGGCGCGAUCUGCUGCUGCCGGCGUCCAAGAACCCGGACUACAACUUUAAGCUUCGCCUUUUGUAA